AUGUCGAGAAUACUACACAAUCGUAUGAGGUCAGCAUUUAAAAAAUCAACACAAUGGACUAUUGUAGACAAACGAGCAGUUGCAUUUUCAAUAUGGACAGGCCGCAGUGUACUUCUCCACAAGCCUAUAGACACAAGUCAUGUGCAACGGAGGAAAUAUGGGAUGCUGGUCGCACGAGCUGUCAGGGGCAUGUUGAAGAUACGGUAUCUAGUCCUUGGAGGCGCUUUGGGUGGUGGUAUGACAUUGAAUAAGAAAUAUGCAGAAUGGAAGGAUGGCCUACCCGACAUGGGCUGGUUGAAUGAACUGCUUCCGGACAAUGAGCAAUGGGAUCAAUUCACCACCACACUCAUCAAUGCCAAGUCUAAGAUCGGAGACAACCUACAGAUUGGUGUCCCACUGACGCUGUCGGUGCACAUAGAUCCGCGGCUGCGGGAGGCGGGGCUAGCGCGGGCGCACGAGCUCCGUGAUUGGCUGCAGCAACGCUAUGAAGACGCCGUCGCCGCCGCCGCAGCCAAUAACGCUGCCGGUCUCGAAGAACCACAGAAGAUCGUGAACAACUUACAGAGUCGACCCGCACCGUCAUCCUCCGUUAAGUCUGGUGGCGAUGACGCUACUGCUUACGAGAAACGUGUCCACGUACUCCAAGAAGAAGUCCUGGCCUUACAAGCCAGGUAUCAGCGGGAACUGCAGCGGCUGGAACAGGAGAACAGGGAACUUAGGCAGCAGAACAUGUUGCUUAGGCAGGGGAGGCAGCCUGCGCCGAGGAAGAUCAAGCGUUCCCUAAUAGACAUGUACUCAGCGGUACUGGACGAGUUGUCAGGCUGGGAGGCCGGGGAGACCGACAGACUGCCUCGAGUGGUAGUGGUCGGGGACCAGUCUGCUGGGAAGACUUCCGUGCUGGAGAUGAUCGCACAGGCCAGGAUAUUUCCUCGAGGAGCUGGGGAAAUGUGUACUAGAGCUCCAGUGAAGGUGACUCUGUCAGAAGGUCCGUACCACGUGGCGCAGUUUAGAGACUCGGCGCGAGAGUUUGAUCUCAACAAGGAAUCAGAUUUAGCUGAUUUAAGGAAAGAGGUAGAGAUGCGCAUGCGCAACAGUGUCCGCGGCGGGCGCACCGUGUCCACCGACGUCAUCUCUAUGUCCGUGAAGGGCCCCGGCCUGCAUCGGAUGGUACUCGUGGACCUGCCUGGAGUCAUAUCUACUCAAACAGUGGACAUGGCAUCAGACACGCGCGACGCCAUCAAGCAGAUGACCAAACAGUACAUGGACAAUCCCAACGCUAUCAUAUUGUGCAUACAGGAUGGCUCAGUGGACGCGGAGCGCAGUAACGUGACGGACUUGGUAUCGUCCUGUGAUCCGUCCGGGAAAAGAACCAUCUUUGUACUCACUAAGGUCGACCUCGCUGAGGAAAACCUCGCUAAUCCAAAUAGAAUCCGUCGCAUCCUGGAAGGCAAGUUGUUCCCAAUGAAGGCGCUGGGCUACUACGCCGUGGUCACCGGCCGCUCUCGCAAGGACGACUCCAUACAGAGCAUACGCGAGUACGAGGAGAGGUUCUUCCGGUCCUCCAAGCUGUUCAAAGACGGGCUGGUGACUGCGUCGCAGGUGACGACCCGCAACCUGUCGCUGGCGGUGGCGGACUGCUUCUGGCGCAUGGUCCGCGCCUCCGUCGAGCAACAGGCCGACGCAUUCAAGGCUAUGAGGUUCAACCUCGAGACUGAGUGGAAGAACACUUUCCCCAGACAGCGCGAGUUGGACCGCGACGAGUUGUUCGAGCGCGCGCGCGCCGAGCUGCUGGACCAGUCGGCCGAGCUGUCGGCCGUGCCGCCGCCCGCCUGGGAGGCGCGACUCACCAAGGCAUUAUGGAGCGCCGCCGCAGAGAGAGUCUUCGCCAAUAUAUAUCUGCCCGCCGCUGCUAACGCUAUGGGGGAUGUUGACAAAUUCAACACAGCCGUGGACAUAAAACUACGCGAAUGGGCGGAGUCUGAGUUACCUAACGCGUCAAUAAGGGCGGGGCGGGAGGCGCUCAGGGAGGAGUUCACGGAGCUAAUGAAUAGAGCGCAGGACUCCGACCCCGUGUAUGAACCUGUCAAGAAGGAGGCCGUCGAGGAGGCACUCAGGAGGCACCAGUGGGAGGACAGGGCACAGGAUGUGCUCCGAGUGCUCCAACUGAACGCGCUCCAGGACCGCUGCGUGUCGUCCCGCGGCGACUGGGACGCCGCCGUGUCCCUCAUGGACUCCGCCGUCAAGGACAAGCUCGACCUCACGCACCACGACCUGAAGGAACUCACUGGUCCAGGUCUAAAAGACCGCUGGUUAUACUGGCAGUAUACAUCAGAAGAGCAGAGCCGCCGCAACGAAGUACGAGCGGAGCUGGAGAGGCUGGGUGUAGCACGCCCAGUACUGGCAUACGACGAAGUCGUCGCCGUCAGGGACAACUUGAGGAGGAAGGGCAUCGAAGUCGAUAACGAUUAUAUAAGAGAGACUUGGAAACCUGUUUAUUUGAAAAACUUCCUACAGCGCGCACAAACGAGAGCUCGGGACUGUCGGAAGAGUUUCUACCUGUAUAGUCAACAGAAUGGAAAUGGGAAGGAGUGCUGCGAGGUGGUGAUGUUCUGGCGCGUCCAGCAGACCCUGCGCACCACGGCCAACGCGCUGCGCCAGCAGAUUGGGAACAGGGAGGCCGCGCGGCUCGACAGGGAACUCAGGGAGGUGCUCGACGAGAUGGCAGCAGAUCCUGAACUGAAAAAGAAACUUCUAUCCGGUAGAAGAGUAGAGUUAGCAGAAGAACUGAAGAGAGUGAGACAGGUGCAGGAGAGAUUAGAAGAAUUCAUAGAAGCACUUAACAAAGAGAAAUAG